CGCUGUCCAUGACCUGUGGAACUCGCAGCUGACGAUUUUUGCCAUUUUGCCGACUUCAUACGAGCUGUCGGGCGAUGGUCGGUGCUGUGUAGAAACUCCGGGAGCAUCGGCCACGGUUCUGUCAGUUGCUUCCACGUCAUGAUAAGUCUGCCCUUCGAUCGAACGUUUAAAAUGUGACGAUGCGACAAGCACAGGUUACCAGCGGUGUUUUCACUGGAUUAUUUCCCAUAGUUUCAACGGUUUCAACCGCCGGGGACGCCACUUUGGUUACAACCUCUACGUGAUAGGAUGGAGCAACCGCGGUCCGUGGGUCGUGGCAGAGGGGGCCGCGGCCAUCGGGGAGAGCCGGACUCUCAGCGCAUCCGAAACCCUUGGGGUGCCGCGCCACGUCGAUCGCAGCCCACAACAACGGCAACGGCUGUCGCGGUGCCACGGCAGCACGCCGUGCAAAAUGGUUCCACCCAAAGACCGCCCCCUCAGCAGACCGCUCCCGGGAACCGGAAGUUUGAGGAGGCCUGCGCCAGGAUCCAAGAAAACCUGGAGAAGUUUCUGCCGCAGGGGCAAGAAGGCGAAGAGCGCUCUUCGUCGGAGGACGAACUUGAAACGGAGAGCAUACUGUCCCGGGUCGUAGGGUCUUAUGCCGAGGCCAACGAGGGGGCAGGCGACCUGCAGAGGACCGUUCAGUUCCUCACAGACAACCUGGUGUCCGGAGCUACCGUCUGCCUCAUUUGCAUCGAGUCAAUCAAGCGGACCGAGCAGGUCUGGUCGUGCGACGGCUGCUACGGCGUCCUGCACCUGACGUGCAUCCAGAAAUGGGCCAAGGACAGUAUGCACCAACAGCAGAAUCAAGAGCUGGCGAACCAACUGAACGAGGCGCACCCUCGUUGGCAUUGCCCCAAGUGCCGCAAGGAGUACCGCAGCCGAGAGGGGCUGUCCCAGUACCGCUGCUUCUGCGGCCAGAAGGUGGACCCCGCGUACGACCCCUGGCUGGUGCCCCACUCGUGCGGCCAGACGUGCUCCCGGGAGCUGCGGCCCGCCUGCGGUCAUCGUUGUCUCCUGCUCUGCCACCCAGGCCCCUGCCCACCGUGCCCCAAGAUGGUGCGCAGCAGCUGCCACUGUGGCCGCGCCCAGCCCACGGCCCGGCGCUGCAGCACCAGGCUCUGGUCGUGCGAGGGGCCUUGCGGAAAGACCCUCGCGUGCGGUCGACACCCUUGCCCCAAGACCUGCCAUCCCGGGGAGUGCGAUCCCUGCCCCAAGAAGAGCCGACGGAGCUGCCGGUGUGGGGCCAAUGCCAUGGACAGGCCCUGUGCGACGCCGGACUGGCAGUGCGACAAGGUCUGUGGCAAGCGACUGUUGUGUGGCCAGCACACGUGUAAGAGCGUCUGCCACGGGGGACCCUGCGGUGCCUGCCCCAGAUCCGGGCCUCGGACAUGCCCAUGCGGGAAGUCAAAGUGGGAGCGCCCUUGCACCGAAGACGUGGGGCCGUGCGGCGACACGUGCGACAAGCUCUUGGCGUGCGGUUUGCAUCACUGCAGCCAGCGGUGUCACGCAGGGGACUGCGCCUCUUGCCUGCAGGUGGUGCCAAAGCGUUGCCGCUGCGGUGCCCGCGAGAAGGCCGUGCCCUGCAGCCGAGACUACACCUGCGAGACCAAGUGCAAGCAGCUGCGAGACUGCAGGAGGCACCCCUGCAGUCGCAAGUGUUGCGACGGACGGUGCCCGCCCUGCGAGCAGCCGUGCGGACGGAUGUUGGCCUGCAAGAACCAUCGCUGUCCCAGCACCUGUCACACGGGUCCCUGCUACCCGUGCCGGGAGAAGGUGGAGUUGUCUUGCCGUUGUAACGAAACUCGGACAACCGUGCCGUGUGGAAGGGAAAGGUCGGCCAAGCCACCCGUCUGCCGCAAGCCGUGCCGGGUUCCACCGGAGUGUCACCACGAGAAACUGGACGCCCACGCCUGCCACUCGGGACGCUGCCCCCCGUGCACCCAGACUUGCGACCGGACCCUGGCCUGCGGGCACGUCUGCAAGGCGCGCUGCCACUCGGCCGUCCUCACCAAGAUCAUGCCCAAGCAGGGUCCCCGUGCCGGACCGUGGGAACCAAUCGUGGCGCCUCGCCUCGAGGUGGUCGCUCAGCCGUGCCCCCCAUGCAAGGAACCGCUGCCCCUUGCUUGUCGAGGACGACAUUCCGUGGACACCUUCGCCUGCUCCGACCUGAGACCCUAUUCCUGCGGUCUCGCAUGCGGUCGGGCGCUGCCGUGCGGGAACCACACCUGCACCGUAGAGUGUCACGUCGUCGAAGACGCGCCCAACGAAGUCCAGGCGGGCCGCAACUGCAGCGUUUGCGACGAGGGCUGCAAGAAGCGGCGUCCCGCCGGCUGCGUCCACCCGUGCACCCGGCCCUGCCACCCUGGCAACUGCGCACCCUGCACCCAAUACAUCAAGAUGAAGUGCCACUGUGGCUUGAAUCCAGUCUUUGUGUCGUGUCACCAGUGGAGUUGCGAGGAACAGCGUGACAUGCUUCAAAGCUGCAAGAACCGCUGCUGCAAGCAGCUGGACUGCGGUCACCGUUGUCCGCUAGACUGCCACCCCGGGCCCUGCGCGUCGCGGAGCGAGUGUCGCAAGAAGGUGACGCUGCGGUGCCCCUGCAAGACCCGCAAGCUGGAAGGGCCCUGCAACGCCGUCGGUGAACCCCCCAAGUGUGACGACCAGUGUGCCGCACGCAAGGCCAGCAUGGAGCAGCAGCCUGAAACCGAGGGUCCACCGAAGCAGGAGCCAGACGAGCACGGCGGCACCAGAGCGCUGAGCAGAAGUCACGUGGCGCUUGCACUGGCUUUGCUGGUGGCACUCGCGGCCGUGGGAAUAACAUACUGGGCAGCGAUGUAGUGAAUUGUGCGACGCUUUUGUAGCCUACACUAUGGAGCCUGUAGCUAGGGACGGAAACUUUGGAAUAAACAUUCUGAAAUACA